UUAAAAACAAAUGAAACUUGCCAUUAAGACAAGGGUUGACCAUUUUUUUGGGGGGGUUAAUGUAACUGUUCAAAAUUCUGAAACUUAUCAUUGUUGGUUAGGGAGUCAUCUAGGCGGGGCCAUGUUUGCCAUCGUUUAAGUUGGAAGCCACUUCUUUAAAAUCGAGGGCCGCCCAUUAUUGGACUUGGAAAUUAGCUUUGUUGGAUUCUUGUUGUUGGAUUUCCAUUUGAAAUGUAAGUCUGCAUCGUCAUGGGCUGCUUUUCCAUAUACAAUAAUAUUAGCCCAAGAAUUCAACUCUUUCUUUUCUUUUUUUCUUUUUUUGAAAAUGAUCCGUAAAACAAGAUAAUAGGUUUGCCGGCACAGCAAUUCUAGCUUUACCUGGGAAAUAAUACUAAAAAAUUUUUCCCAUCUCCCCUAUUUUUCUUUACUUUUUGAAGCGUUAGUCAUAAGUUUAAAACCACAUAGUUGUUAGUUGGUAGAGGUGAUUCAUUAAUUCGUACACAAGCAAAUCGAGACAGUAUUUUGAUACGAGUGAAAUGUGAAUUUGAGACAAGCUGCCCUGGAAAUCUUUUGACAAGACACAAUAAAGGAGUUGGGGCGAUUAGAUAGAAUAAAGUAUAACGGAGACAACCGAGUUGGAACCCUGAGUCCAUAUCAUAUUUUGACUCGGAAAGAUUCAGUGUACGAAGGGAUCUUUUUGGCAAAGUAAUAGCAGCAUGGGCCCUAUUGAUGCAUGAAUUUAAGGCCAUUCUUGAACCUGGUUUCAUAGGUUUGUUUUUUGGUUGGAUGGUUUCAAAGUUCACACUGACUUCCAAGGCGUCCACCACCUCAAUGUACUUGGGAGCCCCCACGUGUCAAAACUCCCUUUCUAAUUUGUCAUUUGUCAUGUGUUAACCCUUCCCAUGUUCUUAUCUCCAACCGAUCGCCCGAACAUGCCGUUUCCAAUUAUUAAAUUGACCGUCAUCCAUUAUUUUCUUCUUUUUCUCCCCCUAGAAUUUACAAAAUCUAGCUACAUUUUCCUUUUUUUUUUCCCUUCCCUGUUUGCCACUUGAGCUUGUGUGCAGACAAGAGUCUAGGCCAAGUGUGUCCAUGAGAAAUGACAGUGAGCUUCGCUGUCAACACGAGCAAACAGGGUCUUCAUGCCAACCAUCAUCCCAAACCCAUCUUAAGACACGUUUCAGGCAAGCUUAAUUACCCCCAUUUGAGCUCUUAUCUCCUUUUGCUGCCAUAUAAAUACCAUUACACCUUUUCAUGCAAUGUGCUUAUCAAUCACUUUCCUCAUUUUUUUUACUUCCCCUGUUUCUCUGUUGGAACAAUGUCAACAUCAGUCACGGGUGGCUUUGGAGAGAGAAAACAAGUCAAGAAACCUGCACAAGCAAGCUCGAGAAAAGGGUGCAUGAGAGGAAAGGGAGGUCCAGAGAAUGCUCUCUGCACUUACAAAGGUGUCAGGCAGAGAACUUGGGGCAAAUGGGUGGCUGAAAUUCGUGAACCCAACCGUGGUGCUCGUCUUUGGCUUGGAACUUUUGACACUUCUCAUGAAGCUGCAAUGGCUUAUGAUGCUGCUGCCAGUAAACUCUACGGCUCCGAUGCCAAGCUCAACUUGCCAGAAUUAUGUGUCAACGCCCCCGAGUAUCCACCUUCUUCAGACAAUACUCAGAUUGCUCCAAUGGGGAACCAACCCCAAAACUUGAACAAUUCAUCAGGUACGAGUUCAUCAAAUAGCCCAAUUAUUAUCAGGGCCAAUGAUGUAACUCCAUUGUUCAAUAAUGAUUCAGUCAUGUCUUUCCCCAACGAGAACAUUGAUUCUCAAGGGAAGCUGGCGGAGAAAAAUGCAAAAUUUGGGCAAAAUGAAGAUGGAAUUGAUGGGUUCUGGGAAAAUAUGAGUGUGAACUUGCCUGUUUUAGACGACUCCAUUUGGGCAGAAGCUGCUAUGUCAUUAGAUUUUCCAGUGAUGGAUGAUCCAGGCAGUUUUGCUGGCAACCUUGUGGAUGCAACUGGCUGGGACGCCUUGCAAUCCCCAUGGUGCAUGUAAAGCUAAGCUAGCUAUUAGCUUACAUGGAAAAAGGUGAAAGUCUCACAUUGUCUUCUGUUCAUAAAUGUGUAAAUAGAAUUAUGCAGUGUCCUACAGCCUACACUCCACAGUAAUAGCCACGAAAAUCACAUGGGUUUUUCUGGGUCCUGGCUUUAAGUUUUCUUAUUUAUAUUUCUCUAAAUAUCAGUCACAUGCUGUUCUAGCCAGCUUCUAUGUCGAAGUGUAUAACCUUUGUACAAAAUCAAACAUGAGUAACACAUGUUUUCGUCCGAGAAUAAUCCUUUAAGUCUACGGACGUGGAUCUUACAUUUUCCACCAAUAAUAAUAGUAUGUAUUUCUAUCUCAUUGCCUGGUUUCUGUCGGAAAGACUAAAAUUAAUCAAUUCAAAGUUUGUAUGAUCAGCAUCGUUCACAUUUGCAGAUGUUCAACUAUUUACUACGUUUCAAUCCAUGUUUAGUUAGAAACGUUUGGAUUGAGGACUUACGGAUAAUC